CGCGACACUGAACCGGGCUUCUUUCUAUCUGAAGCUAAGCUAACCGUCAUGGAAGACACCAACCAUGAUGGUGCUGAUGACACUGAUGAACUACUUUGUACGGAGGUGAUCAGUGAUUUCGGAGUCGGGGCAUCUCCUCUCCACCGAGACCACUGCGAUUUCCUCCUGGAUGCCAUUGACGCUCAACUCAGUCGUCUACAGAGUUGCAGUUAUGUCCAGGCAAAUGGAGGAAAUGGAAAACGAGAAGAUAUUCUUGGUUUAGGUGAAGUCAGACAAGUGUUUCUUGACAGAAGCACAUCUGCGAGUAAAGACACCGGUCUCGGCACAGAUAAAGCAAGCUCCGCUCCUGAAGGGUUGAACUCAGAUCAUGCAGAUCUGACCGCAGUGGAGCUCAGCAGGAGUGGCAUGGAGCUCGGUGGACGUCAGGGGGAGGAGUGUGAGGAGCGGGUAGGGGUGGGUACUGCUGCUCUGAAAGACUCCAAGAGGGAUCAGUGUCUGUGGAGACUGGAGAGACUGCUGGGAGCUGGCACUGGGGUAACGAGAAAGGAGGAGGCCGACGAGGAGGACAGUGUGCGCACUGAGGAUUUCAGCGCUAGAUUCAUACAGGAAAUGCUCGAACCCACUAAGCUGAACACAGCUGAAUCUAUUUUAGACUUUGAUGUUCCAGAUUCUGUGAGUAUCAGCAGCGAUACCACACUCCUCACCGAACCUCGGGUAUCAAGCAGCCGGAACACAGAGCAGAACCCCAGUCUGCUUUCUUAUAAAUCUCCCAGCAGACAACUAGCAGGCGUUCCACUGAAGUGUUUUGACCUGGUCAGUAUAGACAGCGAUCUGGACUCUGUGUGUACGGAGCAAGUACGAGAACACCUCCAGGGUACUCUCGCCAACAGGAUAGCACAGGAAGGGCUCUUAGACAAUCGAUCAGGUGAAGAAAGAACGAGCGCAAAAACCACACAGCAAGCAGAAAGUCAAACAGUCAGCUCUGAAGACGAGCCAACCACUGUGAGUGUAAGGUGUUACAGAGUGCCGAGAUCUCCAGCCAGCUUCCAGCGAAGAGAGAAAAGGACCCAAGGCAGGAGGAACGACACCUCCACCAGCUCUACAGCCUCCACAGCUAGCAAAGCGAAGACUGAGGACAAAAUCAAAUCAGAACUUAUCUGCGUGGGAUUGUCGCUUGCGGAUCUUAAGAAGGAAAAAGAGACAGCUGCACAUGGAGUGGAGAGAUUGAGACAGGAGGUCGAGGAGGCUGAGAAAGAGCAACACACGCUGCAUCUUAGUGUCGCACACACCAGGACACACACUGAGCUCCUUAGGAGCGAGCUGCAAAAACUCCAAGCUCAGCGGGACUCUUACGCUCAGGAGGUCAAGGCUCUGCAGGAGAGCCAGGCUGCACUCCAGAGACACAUAACUAAUGUUCACCAGGAUUCCAGGCAUGUGCACUCCGGGUGUGCGUCCGCGCUGGAGAGGGAGGAGAUGGACCGGCUUCUGGACAACGCCAAAUCCGAGCUGUUCUCUGAGCAGCGGCGUUUCAGACACACGCUGGACUCCAUGCAAGAUAGAUUGGAGGAAGUGACCCAGGAGCUGGAGCAGAAGCAGGAAGAGAACAGGAAGCUCAGAGACAAAUGCACUCAACUGAAGGAAAAGCUGAGCACAACCACCAAAACAAGACAGGAGCUACAGGAAUGUGUACGGAGAGAACGAGUGGAGCAGGAGGGUCGGAUUGGGGCUCUGGAGAAGAUUGUUGCGCAGAAGGAGCUGGUUCUCCUGGCCACGCAGCAGGAGAAGAGUCAUCUGGAGAUGGAGAUCAGGACUGUCCGAGAGGAGCACAGGGCGAAGCUGACGGCAGCGCUGGAGCAUGCUCAAAAGCAAAAGGAAGUGGAAGUGGAGCAGCUCAGGACUCAGAUGACUCUCACGCAAGCAGAAGAGUUACAGCGGGUCCGUAUUCAGGUGCACGAGUUAAAAGAGGCUGCGCUCAGAGAGCAAGCUGUAGCACACACACGCCACACCGAGUCCUUACAUACCCGCAUCCAGAUGAAAGACGAAGAAGUGACCAGGUUACAGGAGUCUCUAAAGCAGCAGCAGGAGGAAAUGAGAAGGAGAGAGGAGGAGCUGAGAGGAGAAACUCAGGAGCAGGUGAGGAGGGGGGAGGAGCAGAGGGCGGAGUCUUUGCGAGAGCUGCAGGUCAGACUGGAGAAGCAGAUGCAGGAGGUGGAGAGGAGAGGCAGAGCGGAGGUGGAGAGGGAGAAGAGAAGCACGCUGGCUCUGCAGAAUAAAGUGCUGGAGCUGCAGAAGACUGUGGAUGAGUUAGACAGUGCAGCAUCCAAGCAGACGGCCGUGAUCAGAGCUCUGAGAGACGAGCACCAGACAGAGUUAUUCAAAUUGCGCAGACGGCUGCUGCAGGAGGCUGAAAGUGAAGCCGUGCGUCUGAGAGAGUGUGUGAAGCGGAGCGAGCAGGAGCUGCAGGCCAUGAGAGCACAGCUUGCAGAGAGUGAGCGUCUCCAGCAGGGGGCGGCGAUGAAACAUGAACAGCAGGACGCCAGCUGGGCUCAGGAUAUACACACUGAGUGUGUGUGUCUGCACGAGCUGCUGGUUCAGAAUGGCUGCAAUGCGGACAACACACACCUCACACACAGCGGUACAGUGAGUGAGGCGGUGCAGGUGCUGCAGUCUCUCAGGAAGUCCCUCCAACACCUCAUCAGCAACCUGCAGAAUCACAUCAGCUCACUGACACGUGCCAAACAACAGCUCAGUGCUGAUAAAGACGAGGAGCUGCGUGUGCAAAGGGAGCAGUUAACUGCUGAGAAGGAAAAAGCCAUAAACACAUUAAGGGAAAAACUCAUCCAGGAUCACAUCGAGGAGCUGAGCAGUCUGAGCAGGGUGCAUCUGCAUGAUGAUGACGAGCGUGAAGGCGUGGCUGCGCGUCUGCGCAGACAGCUCCGGGCUAAGGACGAAGAGCUGCGUCAGGUGCAGAGGAGCAUGGCGCAGUGGAAGGAGAAAACCGCGGCACGCCUCGCACGCAAGUUCGAACAGGAGGUCACGUCCGAGCUGGAGAGAUGGAAAGUAGACUGGUUGAGGAAAAGGAAAGCCUGCAGACAAAAAUCAGAGCAACAUCGGAGGCUGGAGCAGCUGGAGGAAGAGAUGAGACACCUGACUGCGAGCUCGAGUGAAAUCGCAAACGUCUCCACGUCCUCUGCGUCCUCAGCUCACGUCCCAGACGCCGCUAUGAGCAGCCACGAUCUGGACUCGUACAAACUACUGCGGCACCUCCAGAGCCGCAUCCGGCUGCUUCAGGCGGACACACAGAGCCAGACACACACUUACACACUCAGCGCUGCGCGUCUACACCGAGACCGGGGGAACAGGGAACGGGAGUUGGCUGGAUCCUAUCUGGAGACAAUUUCUCAAGCACGGGACAGCAGUGUGACGCGACAGCGCUCUGAUUUAAAAACAGCCCUAAAACCUGACCUUUAACCCUGUAUUACAUUUUUUUUUAUUUUAAAAUUUUUUUUUAUUAAGUGUGAUUCUGAGAACAUUAUAAAAAUUAUGUGAUUUUACACCUUUCUGUUUUUUCGUCCCAGAAUUACAUACAGAGUCAGCCAACAAAAAAAUUAUACACA